AUGCUUCAAGAAUUUCUUACCAAUUGCCCACUACUUGAGAAAUUUACUUGGAUUAGGGAUGAUCAGCAGAUAGAGCUUAAUGAGUCUGAAUUGGUUGAGCUGUUUAAGUGUUUACCUUCAGUUCAGGUUCUGGAAAUCUCGCAGUUGUAUAUCAAGCGCUUGGCUUCAGGUAGUAAUAGUAUGCCACAUAAGCUUCCCAUUUCACUACCCCGCUUGAGAAUACUUGAUCUCUGUGUGUGUUUCCUUGAGCUUUCGACUGUUCUACGUGUGAUCUGCAGCUCUCCAAAUUUGGAGAAGAUCAAAGUGAAGAUGUGUUGGGACCAUAAUGGAAAGUGUCUUCAACAAACUUUUAAUAACGUGCCUGAUAUUCAAGAUCAUUCGGGCCUCAACUUGGAUCAUCUAAAAGAAAUGGAGAUAACAAGUUUCUGUGACUGGGGUUCUUGGAUGGAGUUUGUGAAGUUUGUUAUGGCCAAGUCACCUGUGCUAAAGAAAGCACGGAUAGAGCUUAGUUAUCAUCUUUCUGUUGAUGAAGAAUUGAAGAUGCUUCGAGAUUUGCUGGAAAUGCCAUUUCCACGUGCAUCACCAUCAGCCAAGUUCACUAUCGAACGCCGUAAAGCAAUAAAAAUAAAGUUCUAG